GUUGUGUGCCAGUUGCUGCUACAGCCACAGCCCCAACAAGGGAACCAACCACAACAUCUCUACCAGCAGGUGAUUCCUCUAAUACUGGUGCCGUCGUAGGGGCAGUCCUUGGCUCUGUUACUGUUAUCAUAGUACUUGCUAUUAUCUGUUAUUGCUUAUGGAGGAGAAAGGAACAAAUAAAAGAGAAAUGGAGCUCAUCAGACAGACGUUUUCCAUGUUGUCCUGAGAAGACUGAUACAACAGACAGUUCCAAAAUGGUUUCACCACUAAUUGUGUCUGAUCAGGACAAGCCUCUAUGUCCAACUGCACCACCAGGUGAAAACAGCCAUCCUGAUGAUGGCCAACAUACGCGUGGUCAAAGUGCUGAAUGUCCACCUGAGAGAAGUCAAUCAGAUGAAGGCCAAUCUGAAAAGACACCAAUUGUGGCUGAGGAAGAGUCCACCGUAGACAGAAGUAGAGACAGACUGGCAGUAGGUACAUCUGCUGGAGAGUCAGUGAUGGCAGAGACUCAAAUGACAGUUGCAGAGUAUCGUAUUAAGGGAAGAUUGAAAGAAUUGAGUGAUGCUCAGGUUCAAAAUACCGGUCUGACCAUAAAUGCGAAAAAUGUUAUCGUGGGUACACAAGGUGCUAUUGUCGAACAAAACGGUACCAUGCCAACAGAAAACAAGUUUAACAGUCUUCAGGUGGAUAUGGCAUAUUCAGACAGUUCCCAGACAGAUCCUAAACAGGUGGAUAUUUCUCUAUCUGAUGCUGCCACUGAGGACUGCAUGUAUGAAGACGAGACUGAAGUGAAACAACCAUUCAUUAAAGACAAAGAUCCUAAACCAGGAAGAGGUUUACAAAAUGGACACCAGUCACUGAUACCCUCACCAGUGUAAUCUCCUUCGCUGUCUGCUCUUUCAGUUCCAACUAUGUACGACCCGUGAAGAUCCGGGAUAGAAUAGGUCUUCAGCAACCCAUGUGCUUGCCAUAAAAGGCGACUAUGCUUGUCGUAAGAAGCGACUAACGGGAUC